GAGGACUCACUUUUACAGCUCUUACUGUUACAGUACAGGUUAACGAGGAUGGAAGGAAAAUUGUCUGAUGAAAAAGUGAAAGAAUUCCUUGCUCCAUGGAGGUUCUCUCUCAGGGCAGCUGGGUUUGAAGACAGACUGCUGGUGGCUCUUCAACUGUUUGAACAUUUCCCUUUAGAUAUAGCUGUAACUGGAGGAACCCAGGAGGCUAAUGCCCAGCUCGUCUCUAUGAUCUGUGGGCUGAACGAGGAGCCGGAAAUGGAAGAAGAGGAGGAAGAGGAAACGGAGGAUGAAGAUGAUGAAGAAGAGGUUGAAACAGACAAGGAAGAAGAUGAAGAUGAUGAGGAAGAUGGUGUAAAUGCCAAGGAAGCUGCUGAUCACCAGAGCAACAGUAGAAAACAUGUACGGAUUGCAGAAUCUUCUGAAUAUAUAGGAAGUGGCGUUCCUGAUUUUGACUCUGUGAUAUUACACAGACAAAUCCCCAAUAUUCGUGUCUGGACAGUACAGGGCCAUCCAACUUCAAAUUCCAUCAUUAAGCGCAACAGCCAGCAGUAUGACUCUGCAUACUAUGAUGUUCUGGUGGUUCUCACUACAGAAGAGCGGAAGGAGGACCACAUGUGGCUCAAAAUGGAGCUGCAUGAGAGAGAUCCACCUUUUUUUCUGGUUAAAGCUGAGAAAGAAUGGGACGUGCUCGAGGAGAAACCGACAGGGCCGUGCAUGACCUGUGCCUGGGAACGAACGAGAGCCCGCAAUCUGGAGAUGCAAAAGAGACGAAAAGAAGCAUAUCGAGACAUGGGUGAUUCAACAGACAGCCAGAAUCCUUCAAAUGCCUCCCAAGACGCAGAGUUGGUGGAGAUGAACGAUAUUGGUGAGGUGCUUGCUAAAGCCCUGCCUGAACUGAAAAGGAAAGCUUUCAGUCAGUUUUUGGUGGCAAUUACAAAGGAACUUUGUGUUCCUAAAUUGCUGACUGAUGAAACACAGUUCCUGGUGUCAACUGCUUUGAGGUUCAGGAAGAUAGAACAGGAUGAUCUUGAUCAGAUCUUCAAGCUUUCACAGCCCAGAGAUCUUACAGACCAUCCCUCCAAGCUUCAGACAAUCCUUACAGCCCUCGAUUACUUCCGCUUGGACAUUGGUGUGCUGGGUGAGACCGGCAGUGGCAGCUCCAGUCUGGUCAAUGCCCUCUUGGGCCUAAAGAACACUGAAAAACAAGUUGCUCCAACUGGCGUCAUUGAAACUACCAAAGAGGCUGUAGCGUAUCCCUACACAUACUUCCCCAACAUACGUCUUUGGGACCUUCCUGGCCUUGGAAAAAUAGGUGAACUUUGUAGCCAGUCCACUACUUCCAGCUUUAAUGAAGCUCAGAACAUAGCUUCAAUGCUUGCUUUGUGUGAUGUAUACAUCUUUGUGUCUCCUUUGAGACUUAGAUUGGGAAUCAUACAGUUGUUGCAGCAGGCAUCCUCUCUUGGAAAAGAGUGUUACCUAGUGCUCUCAAUGGCUGACUUAAUUGAGGAAAGGUCUGUCACUGAAGUGAAAGAAUGGGUUAAGGAUGUCUUGGGUAAACUGGGUCUCCAGCAGAACUUCUUUCUGGUGUCUGCUCAUCAUCCAGAAACCUUGGACUUCCUCAGGCUAAAGGAGACACUAGAAUCUGCCUUUCCAAUCCAUAAGAAGGUUGCUAUGGCCAGAUAUGCAGCAAAGCAACUGGACGAAGAUGUGUUCUGGAAAAGAGCUGAUCCUUGCAAAUUAAUGUAAACUUGAAUAAUGAUACCACACUUAAAAAAAAAGUACCAUAAUACUAUAUAUAUUCUUUCUUUUUUUUGCAUGUACCAUGGUAUUCUUUGGAUUUUGGAUUAGUAUGUAAAUACUGUGGUACAUAAAUAUGUAAUCAAUACCAUGGUAUAACUAACUGAUACAUUCCUGUAUCAUGAUGCUUCCAUAGUACUUUAUUGUAUAGACUCCUUCAACAUUUCUACCAAAUUCAAAAUCCAUUAAAUAAAGUAAAUAAGCAGCUGCUUGUUAUGCAAAACAUUUAUUCUCAUGCUACUCACACGCAUGUUUUAUUAGGGAGGGAUUUCUGUUUGAUUAAAGAUCUACAUCACUCCUCAAACAUUUUCAACCCUGUUUGUUAACCACCGUAAACGGAGUCAGACGCAACACCAUUUCCAGCACCAUCUCGGCCUCAGGAUGGAUUCCACAGAUAAUAAACUGCUAUCAACUGCAAUCCAGUCAAAACAGCGAGUAGCACUAACACUGACCACUGCUUGCAUCACUUCUGUCCCUGCCAACUAAAGCCUGUACCAGCCAAACAGCAAAAGACUUUCUUACUUGCAGUCAAUUUGGGAUGGACUUUUAAAGACACUUAAUCAUAAAUCUAAGUUCAAUUAAUAUCCUUUAGCUUUAAACAUUGCCUACCAAAAAAUCAGUUAAUUCAAUUAAUACAUGACAUUUAUUGCACAUAGCUAACUGAUAUUAAGACAUUUUUAAGACAUGAUUUUGUAUGAACUUUUUCAAUGAAACUGCUCAAUGGGGGGUAUUUAAGACAUAAAGCGCAUUAGGCAUUACAGCAUGAUUUUCUGUAUAACUUCCUUUGAAACAAUUUUUAUUGUGAAAAGUGCUAUACAAAUAAAAAUGACUUGA